CACUUUUAGGCAACUCUCUAAACUUGCACAAGACCUUGCCCAGUGUCACGGACACACAUCACCGUCAUCAUGAACAACAUGCCGGAUAUGCCCGUGAACGUCCCCGUCGACGACCCCAACGCCGACACCGAAUGGAACGACAUCCUCCGCUCGAAAGGCAUCAUCCCCGACAAGCCUCCAUCACCAACACCGCAAAUCGAAGCUGCUCUUCUGCAGGCCCGAGAGCUCGCUCAUGAGAACCGACUCGAAGGCAAGGAUCUCGAUGAAUUGGACGAACUCGAAGACGAUGAGGAUGAAGCUUUUCUUGAUCAGUAUCGCCAGAAGCGAAUGGCUGAAAUGGCUCACCUGCAACAAACGAGCGUCUUCAAUCAAGUUUACCCCGUGCAAAAGCCGGACUGGACUCGUGAAGUCACGGAUGCGAGUAAAGAGGCGUGGGUGUUUGUUCUCUUGACUUCAAGUACGGGCACAAACAUCGAAUCGCAACUCAUGAUCGAGGUCUGGCGGGAACUCGCUCGCAAAUUUGGAGAUAUCAAGUUCUGUCAAAUACAGGGAAACUUAUGUAUUGAGGGGUACCCGGACCGGAAUACGCCCACGGUGUUGGUGUACAAAGACACCGAGAUCAAGAGACAGAUUGUAACGCUGAAGGAACUGAAUGGGGAGAAGACGAGUAUUGGAGACAUGGAGAAGAUUUUGCUGGGGCUGGGUGCUGUGAAACACGGAGACAAAAGGUUGGAAGGGAGCGGCGAGGAAGAGGAAGCUGGGGAUAGACCGUAUCGAAGCAUACGACAAAGUGAUCGUAAAGGGAAAGAUGACGACGACGACAGCGACUGGGACUAGAGGACAAUCCGCACUCGCCGGUCAGUCGUGAAAAAACGACAUCGGCAUGGAGUGAAAGUCCAUGACAGCACGAAGCGACGACACGCAGCAGAUAGACAGAAUGGUCAUAUAAAGCGACUACGUUGUGUGGUAUACAGCGAGGAAAACGCCAAUUGCAACCACACCACAUGAAGAGCCAGCGCAA